CUAAUUCUGAGGAAUAGAAACUGAAAUCGUUUCCUUUCAUAUAUACCAGCAUACACAAUAAAAGAAACUACUCUGGGAAUUGUUGUUACGAGCGGAUGGAGCCACAGAUGCCGGCAAGAAAAGGAUGGCAAAUAGAAUCAAAGGAUUUUUGGGAGAAUUAUGCACCCAAAGGACGUCCAGAAACAACUUAUAUUCUUUAUGAAAUUCAGUGGGGAAGUCACAAAAUAUGGAGGCACUGGUGUACCAAUAGCUUUUCCCAACAUGCAGAAAUCAAUGCUUUGGAUAAACAUGAAGAGAUACUGCAGCAGAAUACAACAAGAUGCCAUAUCAUUUGGUAUCUUAGUUGGAGCCCUUGUGGUAUUUGUAGCCAGUUCAUCAUUGAAUUCUUGAAGAAGCAUCCUAAUGUAACUUUGAAGAUAAAAGUAGCUCAACUGUUCAGUCCUAAUGAUAAGCGCAACAAGAAUGGCCUCAGGAAACUAGUCACUUCUGGAGUCCAGCUAUUCAUUAUGAGUCAGUCUGAUUAUUAUUAUUGCGGGAGAACAUUUGUUGCUCAAAGAAGAAUGGACAAUUGCUAUUUGAAAUCAUGGGAUUUCUUGUUCUCAAUAUGGCACAAUCUCCUAUAUCUUAAUGCAAUCCUGAAUGAAUAAUCAUUCAGAUCACUUCCACACCACUAGUGUUUCCACCAUCCCCCGAUUCCUCACAAAACAGUUUGGAUCCAACUCGCAAUCAUCUUCAUUUUUGCUAACAUGAAAUCAUGGAAAACAUGGCAGAAACAAGAAAAGUCAAAAGUCAACAAAAAGUGUCCAUUCUUCGCUUUAUUGAUAAGAGAUGCAAAAACAUCAUUUAAUCAUUGCUUUGUCUUCAUUGUCCUCAUUCUUCCUCUGUACAAAAAGGGAAAAAAGCCAUGACUAAUGACCUGCCAUCAUCCCAGAUUUUCAGUAUGCAUUUGCAUUCAUUUAAUAGUUUGCCAAAACAUCUGAGUGAUUGUCAUGAUCAGGGGUAGUCAACCUUUUUAUACCUACUGCCCACUUUUGUAUCUCUGUUAGUAGUAAAAAUUUCCAACCGCCCACCGGUUCCACAGUAAUGGCGAUUUAUAAAGUAGGGAAGUAACUUU